AGGCACAGAGAAUACAGAGAAGAGAAUUCAAACUCAAACAAACAAAUUUACAUUUUUGGCAUUCUAUAUUUUUCCCAUUCAGAAACCUCUUUUUGGGCUUAUCAAUUUUACUACUAAAACAAAAAGCAAAACAGAAUGGAGGAGAAGCCAAAACUUCCAUCUUCUUCUUCUACUUCUUCUCCUUCUUUUUCAACCCAAUAAUUUCUUCUUUGUCUCUUUCUUCUUCCUCCUCCUCAUUUGUCUCUCUGUGGAAACAAAAACUGAAAUUUGUUUCAUCAAUUUUUGAUAAUAAUGGGAACUGGAUGGAGAAGAGCAUUUUGUACAUCAAUCAAGAGGAAUCCUGAAUCACCAACAUCAAACAUCAUCCCAGUUACAACUGCAGAUAAUAAUAAUAAUAAUAAACACCAGCAGAGAAGAUCAUCAUCAGCAAAAGAAUCUCAAUCACAAUCCCCAACUCCGACCAGUAGUGCACCAUCAACACCCAGAAGUUUUAUUAGAUUUGGAUUUCGUUCUUCAUCAUCAACACCUAAAACAGCAUCAUCAACAACACCUAAAACAACACCAAUUACUAAUCUAAGAUGCAGAACCACCGUUGCAAACACCACCGCGGCAUCGGCACCGUCUUCGCUACAUAACAGUCCAAGGCUCCAUUGCAAGACAUCUCCUACUACACCAACAUUCUCAACCUCAACAGUUUCGACACCGAAUACUAAUUCCACAAUCAAAACUCAAUCUUCAUCCAUUAAGAGUACUCCGAGGCUUUUCACAUCUUCGUCUUCAGCUCCGUCGUCUCCGAAAUCGCCGUCGAGAUUCUCACUGUUUAAAUCUAGUCUCCGGUUAACGAAGAACAGCUGCGGAGUAUGUUUACAGAGUAUGAAAUCAGGAGCAGGGACAGCGAUUUUCACAGCUGAAUGUUCACAUUCGUUUCAUUUCCCAUGUAUUGCUUCUCAUGUCAAGAAACAUGGGAGUCUUGUUUGUCCUGUUUGUAGUACGAAUUGGCGGGAAGUUCCAUUGUUAGCUCUACACAAGAACCAGAAAAAACCAGAAGAAAUCAUCAAAACUGUUGAUGAUACCAAGAAACAAUCACAGAAAGCAUCAAUUUACGAUGAUGAUGAGCCGUUAUCAUCUUCACCUGGUUGUGGCGGCGGUGGUGGGAGGUUCAAUACAAUCCCUGAAGUCGAUGAAGAAGAAGAAGAAAACGAUGAAGAAAUCAAAGAAUUCCAAGGUUUCUUCGUAGAUCCGAAUCUUACUGCUUCGUUCAAAUCAGAUUCAAGUUACGAACAGCAACAACCAAAACCAUCAUCUUCUCCCGAGAAAAUUUCCUGUCAGAUUAUCAGACAUGUGGAAGUGAAAUUGCUUCCGGUAUCAGCUGUGAUUUCAGUCGGAAGACGCCAUGAAACAAUUGCAGUUGCAAUCAAAGUCAAAGCGCCACCACCACCAGCAAGAACAAGCUCAGCAAGUUUAUUAGAUCCGACACGAAGAGCUCCAAUCGAUCUUGUAACUGUUCUUGAUGUCAGUGGAAGUAUGACCGGCGAGAAAUUGUUAAUGUUGAAAAGAGCAAUGAGAUUAGUCAUCUCAUCACUUGGAUCUUGUGAUCGUUUAUCAAUCAUCGCAUUCUCAUCGAUUCCGAAGAGAUUAUUACCUCUGAGAAGAAUGUCAUCACAAGGACAGAAAUGUGCUAGGAGGAUUAUUGAUCGGUUGGUGAUUGGUCAAGGUUCUAGUGUUGGCGAUGCAUUGAGGAAAGCUACAAAAGUACUCGAAGAUCGCCGUGAGCGGAAUCCGGUUGCUUCGAUCAUGCUUUUAUCGGACGGGCAUGAUGAAGAACAAGAUAAUCAGAAUCGGAAUCAAAAUCAGCAGCAACAUGGUUCGUCGAAGACUAGAUUCUCGCAUAUGGAAAUUCCAGUGGCGGAGAAUCAUCAAGAACCAACCGAAGAUGCAUUUGCGAAAUGUGUUGGUGGAUUAUUGAGUGUGGUGGUUCAUGAUUUGAGACUACAAAUAGGAUUUUACUCCGGUUCAGCACCGGCGGAAAUUGCAGCGGUUUAUUCAUGUACAGGGAAACCAACAUUAUUAGGCUCAAAUUCCAUUCGACUCGGUGACUUAUACGCCGAAGAAGAACGUGAAUUACUGGUUGAACUGAAAGUUCCGAUUCUGAAACAACAACAACAAUCUCCGUCUCAAUAUAUAAUGUCGAUAAGAAGCUGUUACAAAGAUCCGGCGACACAGGAGAUAGUUUUCGGGAAAGAUCAGCCGUUAUUAGUCCCCGGAACGUCGUCGAUUAAGUCAUCAGCGGUGUCUAAAAUAGAACGGUUGCGGAACCUGUUCAUUACGACUCGGGCGGUGGCGGAAGCGAGGAGAUUGAUUCAGCAUAACGAUUUGUCGAAUGCGUUUCAUCUGUUGAACUCGACUAAAUCGUUGUUGAAGCAGUCGAAUUCUGAUGACUCGGAGUAUUUGGUGAGUUUGGAGAACGAGUUGAGUGAGUUGCAUUGGAGAAGACAAAAUCUGUUACUCCAACAACAACAGCAACAGUUUCAAUAUCAUUAUCAUCAGCAGCAGAUCCAACGGCGCGUGGUUAACGAGAGGGAACCGGUUUUUUCGGUUGAUGAGAAUGCAGAGCCGCUGACGCCAACAUCGGCUUGGCGAGCUGCUGAGAAGUUGGCUAAGGUUGCUAUUAUGAGGAAGUCUAUGAAUCGUGUUAGUGAUUUACAUGGCUUUGAAAAUGCUAGAUUUUAGAGUUUGAUACAGUAGUUAUUUUUCUUUUAAAUUGAAAAACCCAAAAAAAAGAAUAUUGUAAAAGGGAAAAAUAUUUAAAUUUGAAAAAAAGAAAAGAAGGGGGUCUUUGACAUAAUUGGUUUAGGGGAUGGUUUGUGACUUUGUCUCUUUUGUUUUGUAGAGAGGAUUAAACAAAGAAAUGUGAUUUUAGAGAUUAAUAAAAAGGAAUGAUAAUUUUAUUUUAUUUCAUA